AUGCCUUCGACAACACAAACAAAAAAAAAGCUGUUUGUUGAAAAGGGUAAAGCUAGUUUCUUGCAGGACUUGUUUCAAUUUCAUGAGAAAAACGGUACACCUUUCGUGCGUUUGCCGAAAAUAUGUGGACGCGAUGUGGAUUUGCAUAAGCUUUACUCAAUCGUUAUUGGUCGGGGUGGUUGGUUGAAAGUUAAUGCCCGCGAGGACUGGGAUGAAGUGAUAGAUGAAAUGAAACUUCCGAAACACUGUGUUAAUAAUGAGCUUGCUAUCAAGCAAAUAUAUAUUCGAUUUUUGGACAGAUACGAACGGGUUAAUUUCCACGGGGAAGAAAAAGAUCCCGCAGAUGAGGAAGACGAGGAGAAAAGACGCAUCCGAAGAUGGUCGGCCCGAAUGCUACAUUCUAUACCGGCAGUGUAUAACCAUGCACAACAUAACAUACCAGAAGCGAUGAGAGCUUCGCUGAAUUUGUCAUGUGAUUUGUAUAAACCUACCGAGUACAAGUUAAUGUUAUCUCUUUUGUCUCCGCUGCCGAAUGAGCAGGAUUUUGCUAUAAACGUGUGUACACUGAUGUCUAAUGAAAGUAAACAUACUCUGAAAGUUGAUAAAUGCCCAAAAUUAGUUGAGGGUCUGUUGGCUCACGGGGGAGUCUUUAACCAUUACACCGACGACACGACCUGCCACUCGUCUAUCUAAACUGUAUCGUAAAUUUAACUACCCCUCAGUAACUGGUAAUGUCAAAACGAAAUUGAUUGAAAAAUUAUUGAAACUGGCAACAAAAAUCGAAAACUGUUGAUUUUUAAUAACAAUUACCAGAACCAUGGCUACGUAUGUUGUUUAUUUGAAAUAUGCUAUAUAAAUAAUCUCAAAACGAAUUUUGAGGUUUUUGCGAGCCGGAAGAAAUACGGACGGUUGGUUACAUUAUCCCUAGGAUCUGCUUGGCACUUGGCUUCGUUUAGCACCCCCCAAAAAGCAGAAACUGUAGAGCAUAGAGCAACUGUUCGACAAGAUGUACAUAGUGCUUAGUCUUAUCUCGUUUGCCGAGAAAACCAAAAAAAAAAACUAUAUGCGGAAAUGCCUCACUCGAAAUGUCGUGAUCGAUCACGAGUCACGCCAGCUGAUUAUCGAGUAGAACGGGCAAAUGAAGCAGAUUUUGUGCGUUAACGUAGUCAAACUGGGAACAUUAGCUGAGGUUUUGCUCGUGAAGGAAACUUUUAAGUACGGCAUGUACUUAGUAGUCUAAAUGAUCGGGCAUCCUACGUACGAUGAUACAAAACAUGGAAAUGGUUGAGUAAUUGAAAUAAAAGACAGCAAACAAAAGAAAUUGUUACUUAUUGUUAAGGCCAUUUAAUGAAAAAAUCAACAAGAAUUAUAAACUAGAUUGUUUGACAACUUGAAACAAAUUGAGCUACUACCUACUUUUUUAUUGUUUGAUUCUUGUAACCGUAUCCUACAUCGUAAUCGUCAGAACAUUUCAAAACUCACGAUAAAUGCAUUAUUUUUAAUGCUUGACCAUGAAUUGUGUUUCUUACAAAACCAUUUGCAACUCCCGUCUUUGAGACGCCUGAAACUAGAACAUGUUGACUGGU